GCGAGCUUUAUGGUUAAGCUGUGUGUGCGUGUGUGCUGAUUGUUUAUUUGUUUGUGUUGUUUGUAAUGCGAGCGAAUUGUGUUAACCGUGUCAGGUGAGCGAGCUAAAGCCAUGCCUGUCAAUGUUCACUUCCACAUGACCCCAUAGACGGAUCCCAUGCCCAUGAUCAUGUGGUCCAUGGGAUGUGUCCGUCGGCAUUGGCGGUUGCUAAGGCUCCCCACGUCAUAUCGAAGCGCCCUUCGAUAUGGACUCCCCCGCCUGCUUUCCGUCCCCGCCCACCCGUCUGGUCAUCUGUGUGCUGUGCCCUCCUAUUCCCCGGCAAAUAUCGCCUCUUCUUUUGAGGGACGUUUCAUUUCGACCACGCACGCCCAUCCAGCCCACCGGUCUGAGUCCGCCUUACUCCAGUUUCGUACUAGCCGGGAUGUUCUGGACUCGAUCCUGAAGACCUUGAGCCAGACUCAAAGCGGGUCGUAUCCCUAUUUCCCGGUCACGGUUUCGGAUCCGAGCCCGACCGUGACCUAUGUGCAACGGGUGAUUGCCGAGUCCGAUCAGGUCGAUGACAAAGACGAAAUGGUGGCCUUGGUUCAGGCCAUUGUCCAAGCUGAGCAACAGCCUGCAUGUCCCGAUGUGGAACAGCGAUGUCUGGACAAGUUCCAAAGCUGGGUGGGCAAAACCAAAUUGGGCAUCGGGUUCCUGUUGUAUCAGAGUGAUAACCUGAAAUCCGGAGAGUUCCUCACUCGGGUCGUGGCUCAUUUAGGGCAGAAUCUGAACGCUCUGAAUACGCCGGAGUUUGUCACAUUCAUGCUCAUGAUCCAUUUCCGUCGACCGUGGAGCUUGGCCGAAUUGGUGGAGGUGUGUAAUCCCUCAUUGAUGCAUGAGAAGUUUGCCAAAUUACUCGAACUCAAACACCUCUCACCCGCCGAAAUUUGCGCUUGUUGUCUGGGAUUUCGAAGGGUUCAGGAUUUCCAGGUGACCAAUACCGAACUGAGAUUAUCUUUGUACGAGACGCUAUGUCGGUUUGCCACUCGAAAGCCACUCGAUGCUAUGGAUCAAUUGGUGAUUUUACAUCUGUGUUUGCUAAUCAACCAAGGACGAGGCUCCCUCAGUGACAACCCGGAAAUGGUGGCUUACACUUUGAGCUGUUUUCGGAAUGCUAUUCAGUUACUAGAUUUGGAGACCAGCUCCAAAGUCAUGACCUUGGGCAUGUUAAAUGGUGUGCAUGAUGAGCUCGUGACUGACCAGGUCCUCCAGAGGGUUAUCCACGAUCCAUCCCAUUUGUCAUUGAGAAGUUCCGUGACCUUAUUGAAUUUUCUCAUUCGAGUUGGAACUGAGGAUUUGUCCAGCUUGAAAGCGAUUCAAAAUCGGGUCCUGUCGUGUGUUCAAAACGUAACCCAACCAACUUUCCAAGAUCUGGCCGAUACUUGGUCCAGUUUGUUGCUAUGCUCUCUUCCAUUGGUGAUUGAUGAGAGCUAUUUCCGAGACACCUUGAGCCCAUUGUCCGAGUUAGUCUAUUCUAAUCAGAACUACCAUGAAAUGUCUGAUCAAGUCAUCACCGUUUUAUUCAAAAGUACCUUCCACGGGCGAUCCACUAUCAACAUAGCCGAAGUCAACUCCACCCCUGUCAAAAAGACCAAGUUCAUCAAAGGGAUCGUCCGACUGUUGGGAAUUCUCCAAAUCGACCGACCCGACUUGUACGAAAGUCUAAACCUAGACCCUUCCUGCAUAGAAUGUCUCUUUGUUCAUUUCCGGGAGCCGGUCCCAGCGGCGGUCACAUCCGAUACCGAAAAUCUCAAUAAUCUAUCCCCAAUCCUGCGGUUCCUUGCUCGGAGACGUCGAGACCUGAAUCAAAUCAUGGGCUUCGAAUCGGCAUGUGAUAUUGUGAGUGUGAUUCCACUCUUCACUAAUCCAAUGGUGGUGUUUGGUCACGUGGCCGGAAAUAGCAUGUGCGCCGAGGCGUACCUUGAACCGGAUCGCUUCGGAUAUUAUCGGGCACCGGAUGUGGGAGAAUGGGUCGUACUGAUUCCGAAACGAUCAAAGGCAACAGGUACCAUGGACUGGUAUUGGGAGGUAAUGGUGAGACAUCUUCACCUCUUGGGCUUCGAAGUGGCAGAAUUUGGGAGCUUGAAAGAGACAACGAGGGCUGUUGAAUUGGUGAAGAGCAUUCUCAUCGGACAUUUUCCGAGACCGUUUCUACCCAAAGAAUUUCGACAAACCCCUGUGGUUAAGUCGUCAGACAAGUAGGAACCGACAAUAGGCGGCGGCAUAUUUGCUUUGCCUUAAUAACGCAAUGUAUUGAUGACUGAAGCAUUAGAAAUGGAUCAUUAUUCUGGGAA